UGACGUAGCCCACUCCCGAGCUGCCAGCAGGCGCCGGUGGUCGCGGAGAUGGUCACCCUCAGGGAAAGCUGCCGUGGCGGCGGCGGCGGCGAAGGUUUCACGCCGCUGUCAUGGUGGCGGUUCUCUGUGUUACUACUUUGUGUGUCCUCACUGCCGGUGGUCGGGGCGCUGGUGGAGGGUUUGUACUGCGGCACGGAGGUCUGCUAUGAUGUACUCGGGGUCACACGCGAGGCCUCCAAGGCGGAGAUCGCCCGGGCGUACCGGCAACUGGCCCGCCGGUACCACCCGGACAAGUUGAGGCCUGGAUACCCGGGCUUGGAGGGAGAGACUCGGGAUUCCGCCAAGAAGAAGUUCCUCCUCGUUGCAACAGCAUAUGAGACUUUAAAGGACGAGGACACUCGGAGAGACUACGACUACAUGCUGGACCACCCUGAGGAGUACUACCAGCACUACUACGCCUACUACCGCCGACAGCUCACCCCCAAAGUUGAUGUCAGAAUCGUCAUCCUGGUCACCAUUUGUGCCAUUUCUAUAUUUCAGUAUUACAGUUGGCACACGAGCUACAACGAGGCCAUCAACUACCUGGUGACGGUCCCCAAGUACCGUAUCCAGGCAACCGCUAUCGCCAAGGAACAGGGCCUCCUCAACCGCACCAAGGAGAAGGGCAAGAACCGGCGCACCAAAGAGGAGAUCCGGGAGCAGGAGGAGGAGGUGAUCCGCGAUAUCAUCAAAACCAAGAUCGACAUCAAAGGAGGCUACCAGAAGCCCAACCUGUCAGACAUUUUGUUGUGUCAGAUAGUUCUUUUCCCUUACUACCUGACCAACUACGUGACCUGGUAUGUUUCCUGGAUUUACCGCUUCACCAUCUGCAGGGAGGAAUACGGCGAGCAGGAGAAGCUUUACAUUAUUAGGAGAUGCAUGAAGAUGUCUCAGUCUCAGUUUGACAGUCUGGAUGAAAGCAGCAAGCAGUCCUUCUUGGAAAAGCAGCUGUGGCUCAAAGACAACUAUGAGCUGUACAGAGCAGAGCAGGAGGAGCAGAUGAAGGUGAAGAUGGCGACCGACCCGAGGAUGAAGAGGUACAGACGCUGGAUGAAGAACGAAGGACCAGGUCGGCUCACCUUCGUCGACGACUGACACACAUUUAUAUUCCAAGAGAUAUUUUCAUAGCGACAGUUCUUCAUACAAAGACGUGUGGAAUCAAAUGUUUACAAUGCAGUGACAUUUAUUUACUGCUGUUUAAUUCUUAUCUGCUCCAUUUUUUUUUUUUUUUGCAUUCAGUGUAAAGAACGAGGUCAAAAUUCACACACGUGCCCUCAAAAAUGUUCAACUCUCAUUUAAAGAAUGUGGCAAUCAUCACAUUUUUAUUAAGUGAGUAAAAAUGAUUAAAAGGGAACUGCACUUUUUGGGACAUUUGACCUAUCGUUCACAAUCAUUAUGAUGACGGGUGUAUUUUUUUUUUUUUUUUUAAUGCAUUCUAAAUAUUAAAUAAAUGCAUUUAAAAGUUUCCUUACAAUGGAGCCUAUGGGAGUCGCUCUAUUCUGCCUAUAAAGCCCUUAAAAACAUCCAAACGCCUCCAUUAGGUUUUUAUAUACAUGUUAGUAUACAUGCACAUUUAUAAUAACAUGUAAUAUUUACCUAUUUUUGAUCAUGUUAAGUAUACGCGGCACAUUAAUUUAAAAAACGCAUCACAACGUUUGCUUUUUUUUCCUUCUUCGUCACUGAUUAUUACUCACUGCAGACUUUAUGAGAGGCAACAAGCAUAAUAAAACAUCACUUACUGCACAUGGUCUGCUGUCAUUAGGAUGCAGACUGCUAGGAUGUUCAUAUAUUCCCAUUUAGGUGAAGAAUGACUCAUAAUCCUCGGGAAAAAACGAUGGGUGGAACCAAGCGUCUUUUCGUGUUGCGGGUCUAAACUGGCUGUCAAAGUGUACCAACUUUUCGGAAUAUGUCCUCAUCCUGCUCUAUCCGGGUGAGAUGCCUGAUUUGUGAUCUAGAAUAAACUUCCAGGGAGCAAGGGAGCAGCAGACUACUCGAUGAUGUAAACGUAGGGACAAACAGUAGUGAUCACGGCACCGCUAUAAAUAGUUUGUCUGCGUUAGCGCUUAUAAUAACAAUACCACUACCGUAUUUUUCGGACUAUAAGUCGCAGUUUUUUCCAUAGUUUGGCCGGGGGUGCGACUUAUGUGUGAAAUUAUUAACACAUUAGCGUAAAAUAUCAAAUAAUAUUAUUUAGCUCAUUCACGUAAGAGACUAGACGUAUAAGAUUUCAUGGGAUUUAGCGAUUAGGAGUGACAGAUUGUUUGGUAAACGUAUAGCAUGUUCUAUAUGUUAUAGUUAUUUGAAUGACUCUUACCAUAAUAUGUUACGUUAACAUACCAGUUGGUUAUUUAUGCCUCAUAUAACGUACACUUAUUCAGCCUGUUGAAUAAGUGUACUAUUCUUUAUUUAUUUUAAAUUGCCUUUCAAAUGUCUAUUCUUGGUGUUGGGUUUUAUCAAAUACAUUUCCCCAAAAAAUGCGACUUAUAUAUGUUUUUUUUCCUACUUUAUUAUGCAUUUUCGACCGGUGCGACUUAUACUCCGGAGCGACUUAUACUCCGAAAAAUACUGUAAUACUUGGUGAAUAUUCAAGACACAAAAUGUAAGUGGAGUAUUUUUUGGCACUUUUUGAAUGGUUAUUUAUUGGGGUUUGUGGGCAGACUAGAGCAGUGUUUUUUAACCACUGUGCCGCGGCACACUGCCUUGAGAUACAGUCUGGUGUGCCGUGGGAGAUUAUCUAAUUUCACCUAUUUGGGUUAAAAAUAUUUUUAGCAAACCAGUAAUUAUAGUCUGCAAAUGAUGUGUUGUUGAGAGCUCGGCAGAGUGACCGUGUAAUACUCUUCCAUAUCAGUAGGUGGCAGCAGGUAACUAAUUGCUUUGUAGAAGUCGGGAACAGCGGGAGGCAGGGUGCAGGUAAAAAUGUGUCUAAUGCUUAAACCGAAAAUUAACAAGAGGCGAGUGCCCCUAAGAAAAGGCAUUGAAGCUUAGAGAAGGCUAUGCAGAGCAAAACUAAAACUGAACUGGCUACAAAGUAAACAACAACAGAAUGCUGGACGACAGCAAAGACUUACUGUGGAGCACAGACAGUGUCCACAAUGUACAUCCGAACAUGACGUGACAAUCAACAAUGCCCCCACAAAUUAAGAUUAAAAACAACUGAAAUAUUAUUGAUUGCUAAAACAAAGUAGAUGCAGGAAAUAUCACUCAAAGGAAAACACAAAAAAAAAGAGAAAAAGCCACCAAAAUAGGAGUGCAAGACAAGAACUAAAACACUACACACAGGAAAACAGCAAAAACCUCCAAAUAAGUCAGGGUGUGAUGUGAAAGUGGUGACAGUACACCUACUUUGAGACAAGAGCUAUUGUGAUGCAUGCUUGGUUAUGCUUUAAAGUCAUACCCAACAAUUGCGACAACGACUUUUAACUGUCAACUGAGUUUUAUUUUUAAUGAUGUCUGCUGGUGGUGUGCCUCCGCAUUUUUUCAACGCAAAAAAUGUGCCUUGGCUCAAAAAAGGUUGAAAAACACCGGACUAGAGGACCUCUCAUUGGCUCUGCUGUAAGCGGACUUUUAUUUCCGUUUAUUUACAAGUUAGAAUGUGUUAAAAAAAAAAAAAAAAAAGACUGUAAAUGACAGGCAACAUUUUUAAAAAGUGUCGUUCCCCUUUAGAAGCAAAAUGUGUACGUUAAGUUUUUUUUCUGCCACGUCAAUUUCUUUACCUCAUAAAGACGGCCGCCUGGAAGAGCUUUUAGUCGGGGGCGGGGCCAACAUGAUCCCUCCUGAUUUGUCUUCUUAUUCUCUGGCAGACCGAUAAUGUUUAUCAGCGAUGGCCAAUGUGAGCAGCGUUGAACUAUUUGCAUUUCAAUUUCAGCAAACUACUGCUAAUAAGUAGAAUUUGUGAUGAGGGUUAAAAAUGCAUCAGCUACUGUAAAACAUGGAUGUCCAAAAUCCGCCAACGGGGACUAUUACAGACUUCUUUUUUUUUUUUUUACUGGCCCCAAAGAUAAAAUGAUUAAUCAUGGCCUGCAUCAGAGUAUUAAGCUAAAAAUCAGCUUUUUUUUGGUUUUGAACUUUGGAUUUAAUUAAAUAUUGACUAACUUCUUUAUUUUUCCUUCAAUCACAAAGUUUGGACAUCCCCGAUCCUGGAAGUUGCUAGUGUGACUCCUGGAUUAAAGUCUACCAUGUUUGACUACUUGCCAAGUAUUCAUUCUUCAGUGCCAAUUACUGUAUUUUUCGGAGUAUAAGUCGCACCGGAGUAUAAGUCGCACCUGCCGAAAAUGCAUAAUAAAGAUGAAAAAAAACAUAUAUAAAUCGCCCUGGAGCCCGGCCAAACUAUGAACAAAACUGCGACUUAUAGUCCGAAAAAUACGGUAAUUGGAAUUGUUGAUCAUUUGCUUUUGAAUAAACGAAUGUACCCAAUUUUAAAACCAUCAACAACGAAGAGUGCAUCAGUCUGGAGUCCUCCCUGGCCAGUGUGCAGCUUCACUCUAUCGCCUUUUUUUUCGUUUGGUUUUUUUGCAAUCAAAGUUUAUUUAUAUAGCCCUUAAUCAAGUGUCUCAAAGGGCUGCACAAGCCACAACACUUUUUGAAGUCUAAAUCUAUUUUAAAUCACAAUAAAGCAUUUUCAAGCAUAAAAAUGGCUGGAUUAACUAAAAAUGUCAAUACAAGUAGUAUUGCCCGCUCGAUAAAACCAGCGCAGGCUUUUUAUUAUCGUGGCCUCUGAUUGGCUCAGCCUCAGGCAGCAUUUCUAAAUUGGAUAAAAGGGUGUUAUUUCAUGUUUAGAGGGCUCUAAUUAUGUUUUUAAAAACAUUUAGAAGCUUGUAAAUAUGGCUUUAAUGCUUUAUCUAUGAAAACAUUUGAUUUAUAAUUAAUAUAUCCUACUUUUGAGGAAAUUAAUUUACUCCAGCCAUGUCCGGAACCAAUUAAAAGCCAUAAAAAAGAGAUUAAUUUACUCAAACUAAAGCAACUUUAUUUUGUUUUAAUUGGAGGACUAUAAACCAAUUUAGGUAACAGGAGUGAAUUUUUAGCGUACAAAAUAUGUAUGCUAACAUUACAGUGAUUUUUCAAGGCUGCAACUCAACUGCGAGCGCUAUUACGAGUCUUUAUUUAGUGCUUCUGAAAAGUACGUGCAAACUGACACAUUUAGGCACAUGGCUGUGAGGAAAGAGGGGGUCGUGCUGCAGCUCCAUCCUAUGUAUGCUUGUCAACAUACAUGGACUGUCAACAAUUAAAAAUAUCAGACAUAAUGUCAAUUCAGCAAUAUCAUUUUAUAAUUGUAUGGCUGCUGGAUGACUUAAGGGGCUAAUUAAA